AAAAUGCAGUGCAACUCUUCUUCAGCAAGUGAAGGAGUUCCCUCGUCUGCUCCGCCACAACCCGCACCUCUUAAACGGCACCUUCGUCCCUGCCCUUGAAGCGUGGACGCAGAUGGUAGAGGCCGACUCUAUAUCCGCCCAGAAGAUCCAGUCGCUCCUUACAUCAGCUCGAAAACUCAAGAUACUAAGCACGGUAUUUCCUCAAAUCUCAAAACACUACUGCUGCUGUUUCCAGGGCCGUAGCGUGGUCGCCUCGUUGCCAUCAUGAGUUAUUUUAAGGGCAAGGCAUGUGGUUUCUACACAGGAUUUCCGGAUCAACAUGGCUAUCGUCAGGUCAACGACUCGUCAUCUCUCAGGAUCAGACAGACACUUCUUUCAACUCAUCGCAAUCCGUCACUCCCACUUGUCCAUCUUUAUCCUCCAUGUCUACGCUAGACUCUGUACCUUCUUCAGUCUCCCCCAUCGAUAAGCUCGACCCAUCAUAUCCCCUCCGUCCUUUACUAGAACAACUCGUCACAUGGACAGAACCACACCUCACUCCAUAUCAUGACCAAAUUCGAACAUGGAGCCACGUUGAAAUGUCCCCAAGGCUGCCCAAGACUUUUCCCCACUUCCCUCGCCACUUCACAUGCACAAACAAGGUCAUAGACCAGGUACUCGAACCGGGCUUACGACGGUUUUGUCAUGAAGUGGAUACGGACCCUAUGCGAGCAAGAUCGGUACAUACCCACACCGUAUGGAAACAGAUGGCGGCGGACUUCGGAUUGGGUGGUGGUGAUGGUGUACCUACUGAUAUUGCCAUUCUACAUCACUCCACUUAUAUGGCUUACGCUCAAGAACUUCCGACCAGAGGACUGGGUUCGAACGUUCAAUUGAGUGCGGAGCAUAGUCGUUAUUGGCAAUCUCACGCCGAAUCUUUUUGUGGUACCUCUUUCGAGCGCCUUCUUCUCUGCGACGUAAGCCGUGUUGAUCCUCCCCCAAUUCGAGCGAUAGUGGAGGAAGAAACCGAGCUGCGAGUAUCGUCUAGUGUCUUUGAAGCCACUAUCGAAGCUGUCAGAACCGAUACGGUAGUGAUCGAUGAUGGUUGUCAAGCCAUCAUCGCUGAUCAUGACAUGCGACAGCGACUCGGUGGGAGAACAGUGGAUGAGGUGCAACGUGUACUCACUCAAGUAUGGUGUCAAAUGGCAUGUUACCAAGUGCGACUUGCUAUGAUCACCUCGCACGAAUGUACAUUGCUCUUCUACAUCGACAAUGGGCAAGUAGAAGUAAGCGACGUCAUGCACCGUCAGGGAGCUACAAUUGAGAAACCAUGUCGGUCUGUGGUCCCACUUUUCGUCGCUGUAACUUUGAUGGACGAAUCGGCACUCCUACUUCCUGAAGAAUACUCCUUCAAGAAAACGGCGGUCACUCCGUCCACUCCUGGACCUUCAUUGGACGGCCUUUGGCAAGCACUCCCGGCGGACCAAGGUCAAUCUCAGUUGUCACCUUGGUGGGAGAGAUGUGACUAUAGAAGAUAUGAAGGAAAUGUCGCUUUAGACUAUGAUCUCACAUUCUCAACGAUUUCUAACGUAGGCCCUGCUCGGACAUCCAUAGGAAAGCGGCAUCUCGAAGAUCACGAUUCUCUAUACCAACUUGGUCCUCCCUCUUUGCACAUUAUCCUCUCUGACGAAUACACCUUCAAACGAGUUCAGCAGCAGGACGUUGAACACUCGCUCGUGAAGACCCGUAAAUGGCCAUCUUUACUGCAUGGACCUGUGGCCAGCUGGCGCUUGCCAGACACGGGAUUACCAAUACUAAACUUACCAUCCAACUUUCCUAUGUUUGGUAGGCCAGAGAACACAGUUGAUCGGUCCAACACUGGUGGUUCCAUUGAGAGAGACUCAACUCAUGUUGGUGCCAUUUUCCGACCUCAGGUCAUCCUAGUGGAAAUGCUCUUGUCGUUUGGUGCGAUCUGGGAUGUCUUCCGACUAUCCCCUAUUCCGAACAGUACCUCAUCCCCUUUCCCGCUCAUAGGCAAGAUUAUCAACGCGGAAUGUUUUAGGGAAGUUGUUCCAGACGUUUUCUUCGGUCAUUGGUCUCGGGAAGCUCAACUUUCGACACUCAGUCCUACCUUGACCCCAAAGGUUUUAGGUCUGUGGGGAGGUAUUCAGCGGGGUAAAGAAGUUUGGGUCAUGAUCAUGGAAGAUGCGGGUGAAGAGGUGAUGAUAGAUAACGAAAAAGACCGAGAAGCAAUAAUAUCAAUGUAUACUCGUCUUCACCAACGUGGUAUCAUUCACGGUGAUCCUGAAAUCCGACAUUGGCGUCGUCCUUCUCCCUCUGAAUCAUCAGCACCCCCAGACCCGUCGAAGAUCAGAAUGAUAGAUUUUGAUCGAGCAAUUUCCAAAAGUUCCUUGACGAACGAAGAAUGGAUAGAGAAAACUCAAGAAGAAAUGAAUAAAGUUCAUAAAAUUCUGGAAUUUGAUAGAUACGAUAGAUUGAAGGAGAAACAUCGUGAUGGUCCAAUCCCUCUUGAAACGCUUCCCCCCUUGCCUGUCACAGAGUCAUCUUCCUCUAAUCAAUCUUCCCAACACUCGAUCAAUUCACAAGACGUAUCAGAUACAAAUUUACAAUCGAGACUUGAUAUUUCCACCUGUAGUCAAGACCAAGUGUCAUCCCCUUAA